CCGGAAGUGUGUGUUCAGGAAACGACAACAUUGUCGUCCUGUGUUCGUUUGUUGAAGUAUCAAACUUACAAAACCGUGUUGGGGUCGACGGCAGAGCCGCUCUGGUCAAAAACAUAAAUCUACGCGGCGUUUUGUUUUGGAUUGAAACCGGAUUUCCAGAACGGGAUUGAGUGCAAAUGAAGUGAGCACCGUUUGAAGCUAACGGGGAGAUAAUGGGCUCGUCCAAGAAACACAAGGAAAAGAGAAGUGACAAGGACGCGGAGGAGCGGCGUCGAGAACACAAGAAACACCGGCACAAGGAGCGAGACAGAGACGCCUCAGACCGGGAUGGCACUCGGGAUAAAGACAAACGUAAACGCUCCAGGUCCAAGGAGAAAAGCAGACGGGAGGGCCGCAGCAAAGGGGAGAGAAGCGGCGGGGAGCCACGUGUAAAGAAGGAGAAAGUGGAUCUCGGAUAUGAGGAAAGCAGUGCAGAUGUGCAGCCCCAGAGUGCAAGUGGAGACGCUUCUCUCAGUAUUGAAGAGACGAACAAACUCAGGGCCAAGCUGGGUCUGAAGCCCCUGGAGAUGAAUGAGAACAAGAAAGAACUCGGCACCAAAGAGGACCCAAAGGUGGCAGAGACCAUCAAUCCUGUUCUCAUCUCGCAGCAGAAGGAAAUGAGAGAGAAACUGGCUGCUAUGAAAGAAAAGCGCCUCCUCAACCAGAAACUGGGGAAAGUGAAGAGUCUCGCUGGGGAUGACUGGUUGGAUGACACGGCCGCUUGGGUCGACAGAAGCAGAAAGCUGGCGAAAGAAAAAGAAUUGGCAGAGAAAAGAGCCAAACUUCUGGAAGAAAUGGAUCAAGAGUUUGGUGUCAGCAGCCUUGUGGAGGAAGAGUUUGCUCAAAGUAAACAGGAAGCGUAUACAUCUGGUGACCUGAAGGGCCUCAAAGUGCAGCAUAAGCUGGAGUCAUUCAAUGAGGGACAGACUGUCAUCCUGACCCUAGAAGACAAGGGUGUGCUUGAAGAGAAGGAAGAUGUGCUUGUAAAUGUGGGACUGGUGGACAAAGAAAAAGCCGAAAAGAAUGUGGAGCUGAAAAAGAAAAAGCCUGACUACAAACCGUAUGAAGAAGAGGAGACUGUGGACGACAUGGUUGUGAUUAAGCCCCGCACUGUACUGUCAAAGUAUGAUGAGGAAAUUGAUGGCGAGAAGAAAAAGAGCUUCAGGUUGAGCACGGGGGGCUUUGCUGAUGGGGAGAGGGAAAGGGAGCUCGCGUUCAUAAAACAAUCGCUGAGAAACCAGGCCCAGUCCUUGGAGAUGCCUGCUCUCUCCAUUGCCUCAGAGUAUUACACAUCUCAGGAAAUGGUGGGUUUUAAAAAGACAAAACGCAGAGUGAGGAAGAUCAGGAAGAAGGAGAAGACAAUCACAAGUGAACUUCUCGAUGACACUCGUACCACUGAUUUUGGCUCAAGGUCGCGUGGCAGAGGACGCAAAGACAAGGAUGAAGAAGUUGAUGAAGAGGAAGUAAAGCAGGAGGAGACCAGCUGGCCUCAUGAAAUCCCGCAAAUGUCUGAUGAUGUCAGAAUGGCAGAAAUGGAAAUAAGCGAUGAUGAGGACUUUACACCUCCAGAGCCAACUGUAAUUGAGGAGGAUGAGGCGGAGCAGGAAUUGCAGAAACAACUGUCAAAGCAGAGGAAGCUGAAGCAAAAGCAGUUUCUCAAAGAUUCUGGAGAGAAAGUGGCAGAAAAGAUCAAAGUGCUGGUUGAAGGUGAUAAUGAGGAUGAUCCAGACAAGAGGAACAACAUUGUUUUCAAUGCCACAUCAGAGUUUUGCAGAACACUGGGUGAUAUUCCAACUUAUGGACUGUCAGGUAACAGAGAAGAUCAGGAGGAUAUUAUGGACUUUGAACAGGAAGAAGAAAAAGAGGAUGCUGGAGAAGAAGACUCUGACUUGGAUGAGAAUGUUGGAUGGAGCACCGUUAACUUGGAUGAGGAGCAAAAACAGCCUGAUUUCUCCACAGCUUCUGCCACCAUUUUAGAUGAGGAGCCAAUUGUCAACUCUGGCCUUGCAGCUGCAUUACUGCUGUGCAAAAAUAAAGGCCUGUUGGACACUCAAAUGCAGAAGGUGGCUCGUGUCAAAGCAACAAAGGGUGCCCUGCCCAAUGACAACUACUGCAUUGAAGACAAGAUGGGCUUUGAUGACAAGUACAGUCGUAGAGAAGAAUACAGAGGCUUCACACAGGAGUUCAAGGACAAGGAUGCCUACAAGCCUGAUGUCAAGAUUGAGUAUGUAGAUGAGUCUGGCCGGAAACUGACUCCAAAAGAAGCUUUCCGACAGCUCUCGCACCGAUUCCAUGGGAAAGGAUCUGGAAAGAUGAAGACUGAAAGGAGGAUGAAAAAGCUGGAUGAAGAGGCACUGCUGAAGAAGAUGAGCAGCAGUGAUACUCCUCUUGGGACGGUGGCUUUGCUUCAAGAGAAACAGAAAUCUCAGAAAACACCAUACAUUGUGCUUAGUGGGAGCGGGAAAAGUAUGAAUGCAAACACCAUUACCAAAUAAGUACUGAGGGAAGACAGUUUGUGUACUAUAGAAAUAUACCACAUACAUAGAUUUAGAUGUACGCAAACGUCUCUUUAAGAUAAUUACUGCGAUUUCAUGUCCUAGAAUGAGACGCGCUUCUUUGUUGUGUUAAAUAAUUGUUCAAUAAAAUGUGUGCAGGCAUUAAGAUGUUUAAAGUGCUUUGGUUGGAAAAAAUUACAUUCUGAAGGUUAAAUCUAGUUUUGCCUGAUUUUUAAAUCUAAACCAUGCAAUUACAUGUCCUUAUUGGCUUUAAAAAUACAUUCAUAGGUAUGAUUCUGACCUUUUGGUGAUGACUGCAUUCCAAUUUAGAGAAAAAUGUAACCUUUAAAUAUUGAGAUGCAAUAAAAUGCUUACAUUUGAGACAGAUCCACGGUGUUGCAGAAUCCUAUGUGACAUGCUACUCUUUAAUGGUUUUUAGUCAAACAAAUGUUUGGUCUGAGUAGGUACAGUGUUCUUUUUAUUAUUAUUUAAACAUCACUGAGUAAUCAUAGCCAUGGUUCAAUUCUGUAUUGAUUUUGUGAGUAACUAUUAAACAGUUUUAUUGUAGUGUUUCAAAACUGAAAAGUCAAAUCUUUUGAAGAAAAUUAUGUAUCUUAUCUUACUAAAUAC